AUGGCCCAGGAGCCCCAUGCAGAGCUUCACCUGACUGUCCAGCAGAGAAGCCACACUGGGGAGAGGUCUUACGAGUGUGAUAAAUGCAGGAAGAGGUUUCAGACCAGCUCCAGUCUGCUCCAGCAUGAACACAUUCACACAGAAGAGAGGCCCUUCCACUGCCCUGACUGUGGGAAGGGCUUCAGGAACAACUUCUCUCUCAUCAGGCACCGGUGCAUCCACACUGGGGAGAGGCCCUACAAGUGUCCCAAGUGUGGGAAGAGCCUCAGCCUGAGCUCCCAUCUGAUUGUCCACCAGGGGAGUCACACGAAGGAACAGCCCUAUGACUGUGGGCAGUGUGGGAAGAGCUUCAGCAUGAGCCCCUCCCUGAUCAAACACCAGAUGAUCCAGACAGGGGAGAGGCCUUACAAGUGUGAUGAGUGCUGGAUGAGGUUUCAUACCAGCUCUGAUCUCCUGCACCUGCAGAUUCACACAGAGGAGAGGCCCUUCUGCUGCCCCGACUGCAGGAUGGAGUUCAAACACAACUCCCAUCUUGUCAGGCACUGGCGCAUCCACAGUGGGGAGAAGCCCUAUGAGUGUCCCCGGUGUGGGAAGAGCUUCUCCACGAACUCUCACUUGACCAGACACCAACAAAGCCACCGCUAA